AUGACGGACUCAACAACCAUCUCUAACACUGCCAACCUUCUCAAGUACCUUAACCUUGACCAGAAGGGCAGCGUACAAGCCGAGUACAUCUGGAUCGAUGGAUCCAAUGGUGUGAGGAGCAAGACCAAGACUCUCAGCAAAAAGCCAGAGUCUAUUGAGGACCUUCCAGAAUGGAACUUCGACGGAUCUUCCACCAACCAGGCUCCUGGCGAGGACUCUGAUGUCUACCUCCGCCCCGUGGCCACCUUCCCCGAUCCAUUCCGCGGUGGCGACAACCUUCUCGUCUUGGCUGAGUGCUGGAACGCCGAUGGUGCCCCUAACAAGUUCAACUACCGCCACGAGUGCGCCAAGCUCAUGGAGGCCCACAAGGACCAGAAGCCUUGGUUUGGUCUUGAACAGGAGUACACCCUCUUUGACGAGUACGGUCAACCCUACGGAUGGCCCAAGGGUGGUUUCCCCGGUCCUCAGGGUCCUUACUACUGUGGUGUCGGUACUGGAAAGGUUUACUGCCGUGACAUUGUUGAGGCCCACUACCGUGCCUGCUUGUACGCCGGAAUCAAGAUAUCUGGUAUCAACGCAGAGGUUCUCCCAUCCCAGUGGGAGUUCCAGGUUGGACCUUGUGAAGGCAUUGAAAUGGGUGACCACCUGUGGAUGUCCCGUUACCUCCUUCAGCGUGUUGCUGAGGAGUUCGGUGUAAAGAUCUCUUUCCACCCUAAGCCCAUCCCUGGUGACUGGAACGGCUCUGGUCUCCACACCAACGUCUCUACUGAGGCGAUGAGGAACGAGGGAGGAAUGAAGCACAUCGAGGAGGCCAUCCACAAGCUCGCCAAGCGUCACAAGGAGCACAUCGCCGUCUACGGUGACGACAACACUCUCCGUCUUACUGGCAGACACGAGACCGGCUCAAUUGACAACUUCUCAUACGGUGUUGCCGAUCGUGGUUCUUCAAUCCGUAUCCCCAGGUCAUGUGCCAAGGAGGGUUUCGGAUACUUCGAGGAUCGUCGCCCUGCUUCCAACGCCUGCCCCUACCAGAUCACUGGUAUCAUGAUCGAGACCAUCUGUGGUGGUCUCGAGUAA